AUGGGCAAGAAGAAUCUGCCCCCAGCCGUCAAGACUGGCAUAGCAGCCGGUGAAAACAGUGGUCAUGUCACCACUCGUAUUCACUUGAAGCCAAAACCAUCAAACAGAAAAGGGCACUUGGGCAAACGAACCAAGGUUGUUCGUGAACUGAUUCGUGAAGUCACCGGAUUCGCUCCAUACGAGAAGCGUGUCAUGGAAUUGUUGAAGAACUCCAAGGACAAGCGAGCUCGUCGUCUGGCAAAGCGAAGGUUGGGUACAUUCCUCCGUGCCAAGAGAAAGGUAGAAGAAUUAUCUGGAGUCAUUGCAGAGACUCGUCGUCACGCCGCACAUUAA